CCUACUGAUUCCGUAUAGCCUACAGUCUAAUCAAGAAUUGUUCGCUGGAAAAACAUAUUUAGGUGUUUAUCCAUAACAGAGAGGAGGCCAUUUAUCGCUUUGAGUAGUUUCCAGGUGAUCUACAGUUUCGCAUUAUUGCGUGCCUUCGGCAGUGGGGUGGGUGAGCGAGAAUAUGGGACACGGAACAUCGCUCAAUUCGCAAAGUGAGCUGUUCUGGUAGGCAAGUGCUAUGUUGUGUGCAAGCGCGUUCUUGUAAACACACUCAAAGCUUUAAAUAAAUGUUUUCCAUCGUUUCGAAUUGUUUCUAUUCACGACAGGAGCUUUGAUUUGGGUUUUUGAUUUUUGCAAAACACAACAAAAAGGACGAAUCUCACUCCGGUGGUCGACGGGACAGCCUGUUUGGGGAUUUUGUAUACAAUCAAGGAUAUGAAUCUCCGUAUGAGCGCCGGCUGUGGGGCAGGCUCCUGAGGCAUGGCCAGGGUUCGAGCCUCUCGGACCGGGCCGCGGCGGUGAUGCCUCCCCUGUGAGAGGAUCCGGCCCCCGCUCCCCCACCCUGGUGCUCGCCUCAGCGAUGUGGGCAACUCCCCCCGCUGUCUUCCUCGCUGUCUUCAUCCUGUGCAGACCACAGAUCACGACAGGGAAGACCGUGAAAGACACCGUGGAGGAAUGGAACAAGUACCGGACUGAGUGCCUGCUGAGAAUUAGCACGGAGCCCACCCCCUCGGGACUAUUCUGCGGCCGAAUGUUCGACAUGUACGCCUGCUGGACCGACGGACUGCCCAACACGACGGUCAGAGUGCCAUGCCCCUGGUACCUCCCCUGGCACGAUCAAGUGCGUAAAGGCUUUGUGCUUCGUGAGUGUGGGCCGGAUGGGCAGUGGGCCACCAACAACACCAGCCUGACCUGGCGGGACCACUCCCAGUGCAAUGCGGAUGACAGCCAGCAGCCCGCACAGGAGACCCAGAUGAUGAUCUUGGCCUACUUCAGACUGAUGUACACUGUGGGCUAUUCCCUCUCACUCAGCAGUCUCACCCUUGCUCUCAUCAUCCUGCUCAUUUUCAGGAAGCUGAGGUGCACUCGGAACUACAUUCACACCAACCUCUUCAUCUCCUUCAUUCUGCGAGCCAUCUCCAUCCUCACCCGAGACGCCCUGCUCUCGAGGGAGACCCAGGAGUUCCGGGACAACCGCGACGUGUCCAACGUGCUGAGCGAUAAGGCUCUGUCCGGUUGCCGGGUGGCGCAGGUGCUCAUGCAGUACUGCGUCGGAGCCAACUACUUCUGGCUGCUGGUGGAGGGGCUGUACCUGCACAACCUGCUGGUGCUCAUGGUCUUCUCCGAGAACAGCUACUUCUCCGGAUACCUGGUGGUCGGCUGGGGGACACCUAUCCUGUUCGUCGUCCCCUGGAUUGUGGUGCGGUACCUGUAUGAAAACACACGGUGCUGGGAGAUAAACGAGAACAUGGCUUACUGGUGGAUCAUACGGUCCCCUAUAUUACUGGCCAUUUUGGUCAACUUUUUCAUAUUUAUUCGCAUCAUACAAAUCCUGGUCUCCAAACUGAAAGCACACCAGAUGAGGUACACAGAUUACAAAUUCAGGCUGGCCAAAUCCACCCUGACCCUCAUCCCCUUGCUGGGCAUUCACGAGGUGGUAUUCGCCGUCAUGACUGAGGAGCGGAUGGAGGGGACGCUCCGAAAUGUCAAGCUCUUCUUUGAGCUCUUCUUCAACUCCUUUCAGGGCUUUCUCGUGGCCAUCCUGUACUGUUUCGUCAAUAAGGAGGUGCAGUCGGAGAUUAAGAAGAAGUGGCAGAGGUGGAGGCUGGGCAUGAGCGUCCUGGACGAGCAGCGCAACACCUGCAGCAACACGCCACAGGGGGGCGCCGGCCUGUCGCAGUGCCAGCACGAGCCUCCCUGCGAGCCGGGGGCGGAGCACCCCGACUGCCAGGCCGAGCCGCAGAAACGGGCGGGCGACGCCCCCGCCUCCGCCCAGCCCCACCCCCACCACCACCACCACCCCGGGUCCAAGAAGGGAAAGGCCUACUGCUACAUCUCAGCGCGCAAGCAGGCGCCCAACGGCACGGACGGGCUCCGGCCGGGGUGCAGCGGGGACGAAAACGCCGGGGCGCCGUACUCCGAGAGCUACUGCUGAACGGGCCGACGACGGGCCCCUGUGUCCCGGCCCUGUGCCCCGGCCCUGUGCCCUGGCCCUGUGCCCCGGCCCUGUACCCCGGCUCGGAUUUGAGCCUGUACUUGUGGCCGUACCUCUCGGUGUGCACAGCCCGCCGCUGCCACGCCCUCCCGGACUUCAGUGCAAUAACCGCUAGCACCUCUGCCUCCGACGGCCUGGCGGGAUACGGAUGAACGUGACCUUUGGCGGGCGGGGACUCCGAGCGUUCGGGCCCCCGGCGCCGUGCCUUCCGCCCCGCCCCGUCCGUCAGGAUCCCGUUCCUUCCUCUUCUUUUUUUUUUUGUGUUGUUCUGGGUCUUUGUUUUGCUACCUCUCGCUGUGUUCUCGGUAAACGUACCUUGGUUCUACUUUGCCACGCCUUGGAGGAGGGACGUCGUCCCCGAAGAGCACCGUGCACGCAGCGGGCAGAGCCGGUCGGGUCGUGUCCCGGGAUUGACUCAGACCCCGGUGUGAUUAGAUUUUCAGCCAUGCAGAAGCAACUAAUUGCCUGCAAAUGUCAGUCGCCACAGUACCCACGUCACUGAAAACAGAUAGACCCGCGCUCGUCGAGUUAGGACCACUACGGACGAUCUGUUUUCUGUCGUCACAGCGAUUACGGACACCACAGAGGGCAACUCUGGGGUCAUCCGCAGUAUAUAAUUUACUUAAUAUGUCUGUCCUGUAUUGCUACCAGGUUAAGCUGCAUUUUUAGGUAUUGUCUGCCGCCAUUUUGCUGAUUCCUGGCUCCGGUUGGAAAGUGUCCAAAAUGUUGCUUUGUCAGCUUGUGAGUUUGUAAACAAAUGCAUUAUUGAGCAUGAUAAACAAAUGCACUUUCUGGCAUCCGGGUAUGAGAAAAUAAUAGCCAAGGACAGCCAUAUGAUAUCCAUCCACUGGAGGAGCCUUGUACUUCCCUGUUUGCAUUUCAUGUCAGUUUGUUUGGCAUCAAAUUCGAAUGUUUCUUGACAUUUCGCCUGCAAAAACAUCAAGUUAAUUGUCAGAUCGAAUUAGACAACGCAAAGUAUAGUUGCAUUGCGCAUUACUGAAAACCAAUGCUGAAAUAAACAAUUCCGCCACGACACAAAAUGAUCGCUAUUAUCGCUAUUUUACGCUUUGAGUUGCUUUAUGGUUGCACUCAGGAUUGUGAAAUCAAAUUACCCUUCUGAAUGCCCUGUCAAUCCAAGGUCUGCCAAGCAGUCUCUUUUUAUUAUUUCUGAGCUUUUGAGGCUAUUAUACAAUUCAGAAAAAUUUAACUUGAGAUGUUCCCUGCACUGCAAUAACUAAAACAUAUUUUAGUCUUGUAAUGAAUCUUAAUCUUAUUUUUUCUCUGAAGUACAAAAUACUAACUUGUGAUAAGUUCCUUUUUGCUUGAUUACAUUACAUUACAUUAUUGGCAUACGGCAGACGCUCUUAUCCAGAGCGACAUACAGUUGAUUAGACUAAGCAGGAGACAAACGGCUGUGCGGAUCUUACUGUAGCUACACCAGGGAUCGAACCGACAACCUUGCAGGUCCCAGUCAUUUACCUUAACCACUACACUACAGGCCUCCCUGUUAGUGAAACAAACAUAUUCAAAGAGCAAAUCUUGAAAUUAGUAAAACUAUCUCACCUCAUUGGCCAAAAAUACACUCAGUGAGCACUUUAUUAGGUAUUUAUUAGACUUAUUUUUUAGACUUAAGUCUUCUGCUGCUGUAGCCUAUCCACUUAAGAGGUUUGAUGCAUUGUGUGUUCAGAGAUGCUCUUCUGCAUACCGCUGUUAUAAUGUGUGGUUAUUUGCACUACUGUCACCUUCCUGUCAGCUUCGACCAGUCUGGCUAUUCUCCUCUGACCUCUCAUUGACAAGGCGUUUCUUCCUCAUUCUGACAUUUGGUCUGAAAAACACCUGAACCAUGUCUGCAUGCUUUAGUUUUUAGGAUUUAGUUGCUGCCAUAUGAUUGGCUGAUUAAAUAUUUGCAUUAACAAGCUGGUGUACAGGUCUAUGUUAUAAAGUGAUCACUGAGUGUAUAUAAUAGAAUUAAAAUAACUAAAAUGUGUAAUAGAAAUAAGAUUUAUGUCUAAAUGGAAUACUGUAUGCUAAAAUUGUUUUAGCAGUGGGAUGCUCUCCUUAUCCAGCCACAAGAAAGAUUGAAAAAGAGCUCCUUCACUUCCCUUUUUGCCUCUGUAGAAGGACAAAAAAUGAAGACUUUGCCAGUCUGGUCCACGAUAUAAAUAGUGCCCCUGUUGUCGAAAUAUAGUCUGACAAAUGGGAACUUAACACAGUAUUGAUAUCCGGUAUUCCUAUGUUGUAUUUUUGACUGCAUACUUUCACCAUUACAGGCACCCUGAGCAGUCAGUAGUCAGUGCAUAGAUUGCGAUACACAAUGCGUCAUAAACAGUAGACUGUAUUACUGUUUCCAUCAAACAAACCUGUGUUCCUACACGCGUUUUACAGGAGAUCUUGAGUCUUCCCUGGAAAUAAAUGCUUAUUCAGACAUCAAGCUCAUUCAGCUUUCUAUUCAGAUAUUCUCAGUUAAAUUCCUGAAAACAGAUAGACAAAGGAAAAGUACCAGUAAUUUUACAACACAACAGUCUAGAAUAUUAAUACAUUUCUGUAGUAAGUUUAAAUGAUGGUUUGGCCAACACAUGGUUUUAGUUUGAUAUUUAAAAACUAUCCUUUUUUGAGCGGGCGUUUAGUGCAGACUGUGUAAGUAGGCAAAUGUCAUGAGAGGUAGCAAUGAAAACCUGGCCUGUCUUAUCCACAAAUACAUCUUUGAAUGUGUAUGAAACUCCUGUUCAAUCUACAACACACCAGUUUGAUGCUAUAUAUCAAGAUGGCACAUUUAAAGCAAAAAAAAAAAAAACGUCACAGUCCUCAACUGUGUAAGCAACGAUGCUGGCAUUAAAAUGUUUUACUAUAGUUGAGACGCCCCAUCUAGUGGACUUAAAAGGUAUUGCAGGCAAAGAAGGCAAACCUCUGAAGUUUGAAGAUAAACGCUGACACAAUGCACUGUCUUUUCUUCACUCAUUCCAGUGCCAAAAUCCAAUAACAUGAAGUGAAAUCCGAGUGACUAAUUCAGCUGGCACUAUAUGUGCCUGUGUUUGAAAGCACACACAGACACAGUAAAAGAGCAGUGCUGUUUAAACUGGCCCUCAUCAAUACUUGCAGUAUGUACCUUUAUGUACUUCUUCAGAAGAUUUUGACCUCUUUUCAGAUAUAAUACAUGUCUUAUGUAUAAACACACAAAAACAUUAGGAGAUUUUCAGCGUGCUUAAACCUCAGGUUUAAACUCCAGCUGGGCGGAGGGGGGGGGGUUUGUUGUUUUCUUUUGUUUUUAAAACCCUUGUAUUGACUGGACACCUAUAAAUCAUACUCUAUCAUAAGUACAUUGAUUGCAGUGAUUUUGUAAUCUAAAACCAUUUGUGAGAAAUACAGUGAUAUCCAUAUCUUAGGAGGAAAGAGGCAAGAUGGAGGUGCAAAAGCCACAACGUUUACAAUAGAUUCUAAAUUUAUUCACCUUUUGGACAGAAAAAUAUGUUUUGGUAGCUAUAGUGCUAGUGGUAGCAUAGAUACCAAAAUAUUCCAAUCUUGGUUGUUUCAGACUAGUCUAUUUCGUCUGUCGUCCUCUUUGUUUAAUUUCAGCUGUCAUCAUUGCAUUUUUCUGCCAGGAUAUUUAUUUCCACUAUUUGUUUAUAAUGACUGUUUUGCAGUAUGUGAGUCGAGUAAACACCAGGCGCUGUAUUACAGUGACCACCAUUAAAACAGCCAAAGGAUAAUAUGACACAACCCUGGUUUUUGUUGAUUAAUUGUGUUAUCGUCACAUGCCAUGCCAUAGCCACAUUCAGGUAUGAUAUAUACACAAAUACAGGCAAUAAUACACAAAUAUGUAUCAUGUUUCAAAAUACAAAACAUACCGAUGUAUCUAGAACCCACCUGGAAAUCUUUGCUUUGCAGGUGGCACAGAUGUUUAGGCCGUAGACCAGAGGUGUCAAAUCUUAUCCUGAAAGGGCCAGCGUGGGUGCAGGUUUUUGUUUUAACCCAGCAGUAACACACCUGAUUAUACUAAUGAACUAAUUGUGGUCUUUAAUCAAGACCUUGAUGAGUAGAAUCAGCUGUCUUAGUCCUGUGCUAAAACAACAACCUGCACAGACACCGGCCCUUUCUGGAUAAGAUGGGACACCCCUGCCGUAGGCAAUAAGCAUUGCAUAUGGAAUACAUAUAGUACAUGCAGUUACUGUAUGUAUGUCAUAAGCAUGUGCUAUACAGUCUAUUCGCAUCCACAUUCUUUAGCGUGAUCCUUUUUUGCUAAGUAUCUUAUACUCAAAUAAAAUAACAGUGUUACUAUUGAACCAAUAUUUGAUAUGUUCCUGUCAAUUUUCCUAUUCAGAGAAUCACUCAUAAUUCCCUUUGUACACAGUAAAAUGUUCAGUGUUAACACUUACAGGGUACAUAUGGCCCCGAUUGGACUCAUAUGGACUGUUAGACUUGAAUUAACACCCGACAUUUUACUGUUUACAUGAAGCCAUGUUGAUCAAGUCUUGACAUUCUUUAUGAAAAUGUAAAAACUAUAGAAAUUCUAAUGCAUAAAAAUAAUCAUUCAUUAAAAUGAUUAACAUGAUGGCAUGUGUAGUGUUAAAUUAAUCCGAAUAGGCUAUUUAUAAUAUUGAUAUGUGAUAUCAGCAUUUCCAUUUGUAUUUUCUCUACAUAGCUCAAAAUGUCAAUCAACAGGAGAACAGGGUGUAUUUAAAAGCCAGAAACUAAACACAUUGUAUAUUGUAUGUUCAAAGUAUGUGCACACAUGUCAAAUAGUUGGGGAUAAAAUAUAGAACAGAAAAUCAGAAUGCAAAUUUUUUUUGUGUUGUUGGGGAGGGGGAUUUCUGUGAGGGCGGUCUUCGUUUAGAAAUAUCCUGGAUGAAUUAUUGCGACAUUCACAAUCCAGGAACAGUGUUUUUCUUUCUUUUCUUUUAUUUUUUUGUAUUUCUAAAUUAAGAUAAGUGAUGUAAAUGUAUUUAUGUAUUACUUGUUAUGGGUUGCACUAUUUAAAAAAUAUUAAAGUUUUUUUCUAAUUUUUAAAAACAAAUUGCAUUUUGCCAUUGUCCUCAAGCUUGUUUAAAAAUAAAUAUGAAAAGAAAUUGUA